UAUCAGGAAAAAUAUAUAAAAAAGAAAAAAAGGGAAAGAAAUUGGAGGGGAGAGAGAGAGAGAGGUCAUGAGAAAUUGAUGUCCAAAGUUUGCUGCAUGCUUUUGUUUCACUCUGGGAUUUAUUUGCCUUUAUAUUAUUUCUUGGCACAUUAAAAACAAUGAAAAUGGCAGAUUAUAAUCAUCUUUUCCCCUCAUAAGGAAACAACCAUCAUUGCUCCCAACAACAAUUCUGAAUUCUUCUAUCUCUCUACCCUUUAAAUAUCACCACACUCUUUCCAACUUUCUUCUUCCCCUCCUUCAUCUUCUUCUUCAUCUUCUGAUUGAUGAUGGAUCCUUCAUCUGCAAACUCUGUGAAUGGAUUCUACAACUACCUGACACGUGGGAUAGAUGAUCUAGAACGCGUGUUUUCAUCCAACAACUUCAUGUCUAUUCAAUUCCUCCAAAGGGUUCUAUCCCUUUUGAGAUCAUUCCACACACAGUUGACUCUUUUGGUUCAGAAACUCCACCUUCCCCUCGGUGACAAAUGGCUCGACGAGUACAUGGACGAAAGCUCCAAGCUUUGGGAUGUCUGCCACGUCAUCAAAUCCGGGGUUUCCUCCUUGGAAAACUACUACUCCGCCGGCGUCAACAUCACCUCUUCUCUCGACGGCCACCGCCGUUUAACCCCACAGCUCUCCCGUCAGAUUAUUAGGGCUAUAUCGGGAUGCAGAAGAGAGGCGGUGGGGCUGGAAGAAGAAAACAGGUCGCUAAUGGAGACGAGAAUUGAUCCCCUGUUAUUGAAAUUCGACGACAAAGUUUCUGUGGAAUCGAAGCUGAAUGGGUACACUGGUUUCAGGGGUGUUCUUUACGCAAUGAGAAAUGUGAGCUCACUUCUGCUGAUGAUUCUUCUGUACGGAUUAGUUUACUGUUGGCCGGAGUCGAAUUUGUCGAUCAACGGAUUAGAUGGGUGCCUCUUCUUCGGAUCGGCGAUCAUGAUAUCGACGGCGAGGCUGCAGCAGAGGGUGGCGUCGGAGAUUAAUCAAAUAAGUGGCGGAGCCGGAGUUCUGCUGUACGAGUUUAGGAGGUCGAAGGCCGCCAUGGAUGAGCUGAGGGGUGAGCUGGAGAGGCGGCAGGGGGUGGUGGAGUGGGAAUUAGAGGUUGGGAUAAGAGAGAGAGUGGAGAAUUUGAAGGGAUGUUUUGGUGUAAUUAGGGCUGGGACUGAAAAUAUUGUUGGUCAGCUUGAUGAUUUUUUUGAUGAAAUUGUUGAAGGGAGGAAGAUGCUUUCCGAUUUCUGCACUCAUAGGUAGGUCUUUUUUUUUCUUUUUUUUUUUUUUUCAAAAAAUCAAGAAAUGUGAAGGAAAAAAAGAAGAAAAUACUUAAAAAUGUUUAGGGAAAAAAUUAGUAGUGGGGUUGAUUGUAAUUUAUGUUAUCUUAGUUUCUUCUUCUUCUUUCUGUGUUUGUGUUUGAUUAAUUUCUUGCACACUGUUUUUUGUGGGAUCCUGUGUUUUUGUUUUUGUUUUAACAGCAGGUAAAGUUGGGAGGCAAUGCAUCACUGCAGCUGUCUUUCUAUUAAAAGAAACUAAAAAAGGAAACAUGUUGAAAGGGAGAUAGAGAACACAAAGCACCAAAAAAAAAAAAAAGUAUAAAGAAAAGUGGUAAAAAAAAAAAAAGAACAUGUCAACAUGAGGUGACUGUAACAGAGUAUCAGCUGUAAGUAAUAUUUAUACCAAACAUAAAAGUAGUACACCUCUCUGUAUGUUUCUGUCUUCCUUUAAUAGAAAGCUGGAGGAGGUUAAAAAUUGAAU